UGAAAACUAAUAUAUCAAUCCUCUUUCGAGGCCCGAUCCCACUUCCCUUGAAUUUCACUCUCCCCCUUUCGCACAGUCUGUGUCUGACUGAGAGAGAUCCAAGGGGAUUUAAAACAUGGCGUCUGAGCAUGUGGAAGCCGAUAAUGCUGAAGCCAUCAUCGCCAGAAUCGAGCACAAGUCCCGCAAAAUCGAGAGCUUACUCAAGCAGAAUAAACCAGUGGAAGCACUCAAGACAGCUCUUGAAGGGUCCCCUCCGAAGACCAAAGAUGAGAGGUGUAAGUCUGCGAACUGGAUAGUGGUGCACAGGGCAAUAAUGGCAAUCAAAGAUGUUGAAAGCUUGUUCUUUGCCUUGGAUCCCGAGUAUUAUGAUAUUCUCAUGAAGUAUCUUUACAGAGGCUUGUCCACUGGUGACCGUCCAACAUGCGACCAGUGUUUGAGGAUUCAUGAGAAGUUGACAGAAAAAGCUGGCUUGGGUUGCAUACUGCGUUCUCUUGCAGAUACUGUAAAUACUGUUUGAUUAACUGAUAACCUCUUCUUGCUCAUUAUUUAGAUGAUUGAAUGGUAAUCAUUUGUAUAGUAGAGCCAGCACUGUUACUCAUGAAUGGUGAGAGUUAUUGAUUUCACCACCCUGUACCGCCUCGAGCAAAAGAAAAACAUGAUAAAGAAACGCUACUGCUUAAGGUCUUGCAUUUUCGACUGUGAAAUUAGUCGGGGUUUUGGGGAGCGGGUCUAGCGUAUGUUAUUAUGCUAGCCGUUAUGUGGUGGUGAUCUUAUCUUUUUUGCGUUGAAUCUGCCAGUACGGGCAAAUUCGCUGGCUAAGAGAUAACUGCAGGAUUUUUGGCUGAGCCUCUAAUCUGUACUUGUCUGAGAAUGAAGCUAGACAUAUUAUUCCAAAA